AUGGCUGUCCUUAUUGGCAGCGUCACGAACAGCCUUGUUCUCUGCGUUCUUGUUGGCCUGAAUGAUGAUCUCGAAUUUUCCGUCCCCAAGGUCAGCUCCCCUGUCUGCACGGUAGUUAAGUGGGUCUCUAUGAUUAAAAUAGGCGAAGGAAAUUUCAACAAAGUCUUCUGGCUCCAGAUGGACGAUGGAUUGGUCCUGAUGGCUCGCAUCCCUCAUCCCAACUCAGGCCCUCCAAAGUACACGAACGCUUUAGAAGUCGCUACAAUGGACUUUGCACAUUCGAUCCUUGACAUACCUGUACCCAAGGUUCUGGCUUACUGUGCUACCGCCGAUAAUCCAGUUUGGGAUACAAUGGAUCUAAAAGAUCAAUUGGCAAUUGUAACUGAGCUUGUCACCAUUAACCAGAAGUUUCUCUCCACACCAUUAAACAGACAUGGUGCGCUCUACUAUAAGAAGGACAGCUUUCCUGGGUGUGAGACCGCACAAGUCACUGCUAGCGUUAUGGAAAACUUGAGGACAGACGUAGCAAAAAGGUUCGUCAUUGGUCCCACAGUUGAGAGGGAGUUCUGGGAGAAACAGAGGGCAAACAUGGCUAUUGAUCGCGGACCAUGGACUAGUGCGCGCGAAUACGUGGAAGCGAUUGGACACCGCGAGAUUGCUUGGCUACGUCGCUAUGCUGAAGCUUUACUGCCAACUAUGGAGCGAUGGGGCGCCUCUGAGGGCCAGAGCUGCCCGCAAGCCCAUAUUAACCUGCUUGAAAAGUAUCUUAGUCAUCACGACCUUCACACUGGUAACCUGUUCAUUCAUAAGGGGAAAAUUUCCACAAGAGCACCACGGCUUCUUAACUACAACGGCGAAAUCAUGCUGAAACUACCACCGGCCUACGAAGAGAUGCUGGAAGAUGAGCGACGCCUAGUGGAGUAUAGGGUGCUAAGAUACCCUCAAGGAAAAAUGUUAAGCAACGUUGCGGAUUUUGCCUCCACUUCUUGGAACAGAGACAUCCUGCCUCUUCAUGAGGGUAGCUAUAACGAUAUAAGGGACUUUUGGGAUGACUUAAAAGGCAGAGUAGACGAUACCAGCUAUACCACCCACGAGUUCUUUGAUGAGGCUGUGGCUCUCUUUUCCGGUCUACAAGAAAAUGGUCUGAAGACGUUAGAAGGCCAAGAGCUCAAAAAUUUUGAGGAGCAGACGCGGUGGGUGCUUGAUCAUGUGAAGAAUAAUGGCAGCCAGCCAGCCAUCUGA